GCCUCUAAAUAACCCACUUCAGUUCUUGACGACCCGUAACCAGCCCCUCGAGCACUGUUUUACAGCUUUACAGGACUACCGAAUCAUAUUAUACGGCUAUACGUAUAUACUAUUAUCUAGUGUUUCAUUACUGUAUUCGAAUUCGAUUAGUGUACCGGAUUUAGACGAUACCGAAACUCGUUUUUAUCGCGGCCAACCGGGAGAUAUGCCGGGCGUCCCGGCGGCCUCGCGUUUGAGAUGCUCGCGAUCGAAUAACACGGAAAUCUCGCGCUAACCUCAUAACCUAACCUAACCUCCGGAACACACCGUCGGCAGUUUCCCGCCGGACCCGACGCGAAUAAUAUUACGUGCAUUAUAAUAAUAUAAUUGCGGCCAUCGUCACCGCGUUUCGUUAAAACCUCGUCGCCCCGAAAUGCAAAUUGAACCGCCGGCCGGCCGGCCGGCGGUCUGUCUGCGGUAUUCGCCAUUCGCGACGCGCGGUAAUUAAUAGCAUUAGACCUGGCAAUGAUUCGCGGAUCCCGGAGAAUAUUAUCAUUAUUUAUUGCGUGUUCCAUCGCAUAAUAAUAAUAUACAAACACGCGCCGGGUCGGCCGUAUUUUAAUCAUCACGGGUCCCGAACGUCCGUCCGGGCGCGCGCACGCGGCGAAUUAUCGUGAUUACAGUCCUCGCAUUACGAAUUACAGAUACGCGCACACGCAUAGAUGUCGCGAAUAUUAUUGUUGUUGUUAGUAUUAUUAUAGUCGUCAUCGGUGUAGAUAUACAUAUAAGUACCUAUUAUCACCGUUAUUGUUAUCGUUAUCAUCAAUACAAUAGACCGUGGGCGCGGUGUAAGUCGUGUACACGAUAAUCGCGUUUAUUGCGGCAGAUAACGUAACGACGGAUACACGGACGUUACGCAGCACACGCGCACUACGAUUAUGUCGACGAACGGGACGUGAUAAUAUGCAAAAACGCCGUAACCCGUUAGAUUAUGACGUUUUAUUAUCGUUUUCGUCGCGGGGCAGAGUUCGAACGCUAACGAAUGAUUAAUUAUGCGCCGAGUGCGGUGCGAUUAGUAAACUGCACUGCAGGUGUCCCCGGUCUUAUCGGUGCACAGGGUGUCCCGUGAAGUUGUAACCAUUUCAAUAUCGCCCGAGAUAAUAAAGAUAAACAAAUUAAUUUUGUUUGUACCCAUUGUUCGCAAGGACUGCAAACAUUAAUAUUUGAAUUAAAUCCGUAUGUUUUGGUAAACAAAUAAUAAAAAAAAACAAAAUCUUGUUCCCGUUUCUCGCUUGCAGUUUUGAAAAAAAAACAUCUCGUACCCGUCACUUAUUCUUUGAAAAAUAAACUUGUCUUUUUAUUUUAUUAAUAUUAAUCGAUGAUUAAUGUAAAGUUAAACUGAUUUGCUUAUACCUAUUUUUAAAUUGAAAAUACCAAUAUUAAAUUACUUCCGUGACAUAUUAAAUACUAUAAUCACCGUUGUUAAAAUUCAUAUUAUUUACAAUUAUAUAAUAUUGGUACGGUAUAUUGAACAAUUGAAUAAGAAAAAAAAAAGAACGAGGAUUUUUGUUCAUAUUCCUCACGGUAAAUAGGAACACUUUCUCAUUCCUCGUUCCAGUAUUUCAAAAGUAACACGUUCCAGCCUUUAUUCAAAAAUUAGGAACGCGCGCCUUCUCAACACUGUAAUACUCCUUGAAACAGUAAUUCACGUGUUAUUAUUAUUAUUACGUCUCGUUAAUGUUAUAACCAGUGGUGUUACCAUAGGGUAUACUAUAUAUAUACGCCGUAUAUUCUAACAUUUUGUUGAAAAAUCACGAGUAUACUGAGUAUACUCUUAAAUAGUUAAAAAAAAAAAAAAAGCCAUCCCAGGAUAAUAGGGACGGGUGCAGCCACUAUUGUUGGUGAGAAGUUGGGUAAGUAGAUAGGAAGAGAAUUUAAUGUAUAUUCAUAAGCAACGAUAAGGAUUGCUAACAAAAAACCAAUUCUGAAUGAAGUUCAGUUGAAUUAUAUACAUCAUAUUAUGGUAAAAUAAUUAAAAAGGCAUUAUGUAUUAGGUUUAGUAAUAUUUUUUAAUGUAUCGAUUUUCCCGUCUUUCCUACGUUUUUCUAGGUUUUCCCAUAUUAUUUUUCGGUUUUUCACAUUUGAUAAGGAAACUCCCGAGAGAAUCGAAAAAUUAACUCCUUACAGUACCUCCCACACCGAUUUCCUUUCAGAAAAGGUGUUACACAAUUGAUCAUGAGAUGUUCAAUACCCGUAUGCCACUAAAACCAAAAUAGUAAUUAAAAAUGUGUUUAUACCAGUAAUAAUCAUAAGUAACUGAAAAUUUUACAAUUUUCUUACGAUGCAUAAAAUAUAAGUUAAUUUUUAUAACUGUCGAGUGUUUUGUUUUAGUAAUUUUAAUUAAAUUUUUUAUUUAAUUGAUUUCUAUUUCCAUGUAAACAAUAUAAUUCAUAAGAAAGAUAAAUUAAAUUAUAUUAAAAUUAAAUUAUAUAUAUUAAAAAUUUUUUAUAAGUUUAUAUGAUUUCUAAUAUUAUAACAUACCUAUUACUUAAUUUUGUAAUAAUAAUGUGAUAAAAAGUUGACUUCAAUAGAGCUUGGAAAUUGAUAGUAAAAUGAUAACACCAAUAAACUGGUUAUUUCAUAACCAAAAAAUAAGAUAUUAAUUUUUUUUUUUUUUUUUUUAAGGUCUCACCAAAAUUUAAAUUAUUUGUGCAAAUCAGUAUAAUUAGAUAUAUGCUACUAUAAUUAGUAACCAUUGAUUACUAAAUUAUAUUAGUUUACCAGUGUAUGAAGAAUUUAAAAAAAAAUAAUAUCAUAAUUGGCGAUUAAAUUAAAAAAUCAUUAAUGUACUAUGUGUGGUACCACUGCAAUAUAACUUAUUAUGUUAUCAGUGAUAAUGAAACAAGUACAGAUUAUGAACAAACACAUGUAUUAUACAAGUCGGACACGUCAACAUCACAAACACACAAAGUGUCGUCACCAUCACCAACUUUACCAGGUAAACUUUUAUUAAAUGUAAUUAAUUAAACCAUAUAUCUAAUUUGUGUAAAACUAAAGUAGUUUCUGCAACAAAAACUAAUAAGGUAAAAAAAAUUUUACUAACAAAAUAACUUAACUUGUCUUCUUACAAACAAAACAUAAUUAAUACAGUAGAAAAUGAAUCAGAUAGUGACAAUGACGUCAAAUAUACUUUUGAAAUUAAUCAAAUUAAAAAUGAUGGAAUUAAUGAGAAAAAAUGGUUUCAAACUAUUUUUGUUAAUGGUAUUGAAAUACAUUUUCAAUUAGAUUCUGGUGCAGAGACUAACAUAUUACCAUUAAGGUUGUAUAAUAAGCUUAAAAAUAAAAAAAAGAAAAUUAUAAAAACUAAAGUUAAAAUAUAAUCGUAUUGUGGUUAUAAACUAAAACUAGUCGGUACUGAUCUUUUAGAAUGUAUAAAUAAAAAAAAUUAAAACUCAUUUAAAAUUGUUCAUAUAGGAUCAUUUAAAUUGUGCCUUAUAUUAGGUUUGAACACUUAAAUAACUUUAAACUUAAUUAUAAGAGUAAAUAAAGUAAAUGUGAAAUAUUCAAUUGAGUUUGAUAAUUUUAUAAAAGUGAAUAAAGAAAUCUUGGAAAGUAUAUGUACUUUGCCAGGUGUAAUGAGAAUUAAAUUAACCAAAGGUGUCAUACCCAUGGCCAACUCUUUUUGGACAGUACCAUUAACCAUUAAAUUCAGAUUAGAUGAAAUGUUUAAAUUAUUGACUAAUAAAGGAAUAAUUAUAAUUAUAAUGAUAAUUUUAUAA